AUGCUGGAAUCGGACCGAUUUUUAAAUGUGAAAAAGUUUCCAGUGAAUAAGGAGAAUGACGCGGAGGAAUGCGAGAAGAUACUCUGGAAGAGUGAUUCGCAUAAACUGGUCAAGAAACGUCGACGAUGUACAGGCAAAGAGCUGCAACCAACCGGUUGUCAGUAUGAUAUGAGAUGUCUUCAAGGUUGGCAAAUAAAUGCCAUGCAAAUGAAGACCGAUCGCAUAAGCGUCGUUUGCUAUGGCGACGGUGAAUGGCGUGAAAAACGUACGAACUUGAUCAUUAGGGAUAUAAACUCGGUUGAGUGCGUUCCGUCAACACCAUCUGUUCAUCCAGAGCACCACAGCGGCGAUCAUUUGUGCAAGGAACCGAAUGUGAGAAGUGAUGACCGCAAAUCGGUUAUGACAACAUCGAAAUGCAAACCAAACAUCAGGGCUGGAUGCAAAUACUUUGUUAAAUGUAAUUCGGGAUUGAUUAUUAACAUAAUCGAAGAAGAAAGUUCAUCUUUGACCGUUGCGUGUGGUGCUGAUGGGAAAUGGCUGGAAAAAAGGACGAAAAACAAGUUCGACGAGAUCUACAGUUUGGAAUGUGUACCGUCGCGUAUGUUCAUCUUUCACUUGCCCUUUCAUGCGCAUCUUUCUCAAUCGAUCAUGCAAUUCAAAUUCAAUCAGAUUUCGAAAAUGUAUUCUUGUGAGUUAUUCGACCUUAACGGUAUCAAAAUUCUUAUCAGUAGUCAAAGCUCACAGAUCCGUUUGAGUUUUGCGAAUAGUCCGUGA